AUGAAGGCCAAGAAUUCCACACCGCUCAGUUCAAACGUGUACGUUCCGAGAAUGAAUGCUGGGAUUCUCCUCCGUCCUUGCAUGUGGCUACCUCUCUGCCGCACCGUAACCACCAAGGCCCCCGCAGCUACCCAAUUGGAUGCUAUACAGAAGGCAUUUGUUGCAAAAAUACAGGAGUACAACCAGAAAAGCAAGACGGCAGAGAUGGGACUAGCUAAUGCCACACCCGCUGAAUUAAAGGAACUCAGUGAUAUGCUCGCAAAAAUUGACAAAAUAUUCGGAGCCACAGGUCAAGAUAUGACCCAGUUUCCUUCCUUCAAGUUCGAUCCACCAAAAUUAGUCCAUCCUCAUUCGGCAGUUGCGGUCAACUUCCCCGAAGAAACAGUAGUAUCCGAAACAGACGAUAAGCCGAAGGACGAUAAAUUUAUUCUUACAAUAUAA